AUGUCGGAAAAAGAUGCCGCGAUUCUGGCGGUGCAAUCCAGCCCGGAAUCCAAGUCGUUCAACGUCAGCGAGACGUCCGUGGAGGAUGUGGAUCUGCAAAUGACUAUGUUUGGCCAGACGGUCGCCUUGGUGCGAAAACACAUGCUGGUGUUCAAGAGAUCGUGGUGGUGGACCUUCUUUCGGUCGUCGCUGCUGCCUGUGGCGUUCAUUGUUUUCAUGUCAUAUUCGAAAGCGUUCUAUUCGCCAUACGCCAACUACGGUGUGUCGGAUCCCACUCCAGUUCGUCAACUGCGAGAUGUGGUAAGCGAGCGAAAAAUCAUCUAUUACUCACGUGAUCCCUUGGGUGUCACCGAUGAGAUGCGUCGGAUCAUGAACACGGCUCUGGAGGGGAUCCCCAGCUCCCAGAUCCUUGAGUUGGAACACGAAAACGACAUGUUCCAGGUGUGCAGUCAGAACCUGCGAGGUGAUUCCGCCUGCUACGGAGGAGUCCAGUGGAACCAUAUCGAUGAGGAGCAGAAGAUUUAUAACUACACCAUCCGAGGAAACUCUGGAUUGAUUUUGACUGACAUUGGAGGCCACAAGUCUGAUCCAGAUAUCUUCAUCCUUCCUCUGCAGUGGCAAAUGGAUAAGGCAAUCACAGGAGAAACUACUGUCCCCUACACUCUCGCGUACACUGACGAGUCUCAGACCCAACAUGAACAAAAUGUGAUUUCCAAAUUCCUUCAGAUUGUGAUUGAUUGGUUAGCUCCUGCCCUGUUUCUCGGCAUGAUUGGUGUCAUUUACCAUCUGGCCGGUAUGGCAGCUCAGGAACGAGAGUAUGGUAUUUCUGGUUUGCUUACAGCUAUGGGGGUGAAGCAGUUCACCCGUCAUCUGGCCUAUCUGAUCUCGUUCAGCAUUGUCUACCUUCCUGGAUGGAUCAGUAUAGCUCUUACUUUGAAUCUUGUGCUGAUGAAACCCACAAAUGUGGCCAUUUACAUCUUUUACCACAUUUUCUCGGGUAUGUCAAUGAUCACCUGGGCUAUGUUUCUCUCCAUGUUCUUCUCUUACGCCCAGCUGGCCGGUAUUGUAGCCUCUGGUCUGUCUUGUUUCUUGGCUAUCAUGAGUACCGUUCAGACUCGAGUCCCAAACAACGAAGGAAGGUUUAGAGACGCUGCUGUCUACGUUCUGUCGUUUCUGUUUCCACCCAUGAACUACCCUUACUUCAUCCAAACUACAGGUCGAUGGAAGAAGGAAGACAUCGGAACCAACAUGGUGGAAAACGCGCCUGACUCCAACAUCAAGGUGAUUGUGAUUUUCUUCGGCGCCAUCUUCUCCAUCUUCUUUUACCUGUUCCUUGCCAUGAUCGUUGAGCGGUUCAUGCAUGGAGUUCAUUCCAAGAUCAACAUUGACGAAUCUCAAAAGGACAGAGUUCUGCUUGAGGAUGUGACCAAGACGUACAAAAUCCGAUCUCGAUGGACUGGCCGGGUCAAAAACACUGUUACAGCCGUGGACCAUCUCAACCUGCCUGUUCAUAACGGACAAAUUGUGUGCCUUCUAGGAGCAAACGGUUCCGGAAAGACCACCACUCUGGAGAUGAUCUCCAACAUUCAAAAGCCUUCCAGCGGUACCAUCACCUUUUCUCCAGGCUCCAGAGUUGGAAUCUGCCCCCAGAAGAACGUUAUCUGGGACACUUUGACCUGUGAGGAGCAUCUUCGGAUUUGGACACAGCUCAAGGGUGUUCCCAAGAAGGAAAUUCCUGCAGCUAUCGAGUUCUUGAUUGACAAGUGUGAUCUAAGCAGGAAGCGCCAUGACCGAGCAGGAACCAUGUCUGGAGGCCAGAAGCGUAAGUUGCAGCUUGCCAUUGCAUUUGCUGGAGGAACCAACGUAUGUGCUAUCGAUGAGGUGUCUUCUGGACUUGAUCCCCUUUCCCGACGAAAAAUCUGGGAGAUUAUUACUUCAAGCAGAGGUUCUCACACGAUGCUUCUCACGACGCAUUUCCUGGACGAGGCGGACAUUCUCGGAGACAACAUUGCCAUCAUGUCCAAGGGAACUCUGCAGGUGUACGGAACCACUGUUCAGCUCAAGGAGCAGCUUGGAGGCGGCUAUCGAAUCUUCAUCUCUCAUCCAGGAUCGGGUAGAGAGGAGAUUGUUGAAUUGGAAAGUGCUGCACAGGUUGCUGAACAAAUUGAAGACCUGGAAGACAAGGGUGUGGAGUACCGAGUAGCUGGACCCCAGCUUGAGGACGUCUUCCUCCGAGUGGCGGAACGAGACCACAUUGAGCAUGCCGAGAUCACCGAAAUGGGUGAGGGUGGUCUCAAGAAGGGCUCUUCUACCGGCUUGUUGCAUCAGACAUGGUCCAUGCUGGUCAAGCGGCUCAUCAUUCUCAAGCGAAACCCCCUGGCUCAUAUUGUCAUGUUCAUUCUGCCCAUCAUUGUUGCUGGAGCCACCUCUCAGUUUUUGAGAUCUUUCAAGGGAUCGUCCUGCGAGGGAGACUCGCGAUUCAGACGACAGGUCUACAACACCUACCGACUGGGUGUUGAUCCACUAGACAUGCCUGUUGGCCCCCAGAGUGUCCUGAUGGACUCUACUCAGGGAGUCAGAACGUUCAUUGGAGGUAUGCUCCGAGGAAUGGGCAACUCGACGAUACAGAGCAUGAUCAUGGCCAAAAUGAACAACGGAACUCACUACACCGACACCCAGAGUUCUUUUGAGGCUUAUCUGAACGCCAACUACACCCAGGUCUAUCCCGGAGGAGUGUACCUAGACUCUUCUGCCCCCAUUGCUGCAUAUCUGACCAACACUGGCCAUGGUACUUACUUUUCUGUUAUGAUGAUGAAUCUGUUGACAAAUGUCCGCCAGAAUGGUGACUACAAAAUCUAUGCUGACUUCUCCCCCUUCCAAAUUCCCUGGUCUUCUUCCACCGGCGAUACUCUCCAAUUCAUUGUCUACUUUGGUCUCACAAUGAGUGUUGUGCCCGCUUUUGCAGCCCUGUACCCUACUUUUGAGCGUCUUUCGCGUGUGCGUGCUAUGCAUUAUUCCAAUGGACUAAGGGUGGUUCCCCUUUGGACUGCCUAUGCGAUCUUUGACUGGGUUCCUCUCAUGCUGACAGGUGCAGCUUGUACCGGAAUCAUCGGUGGCUCUUCGGAGUACGUUAUGGGAGCAGGAUACUUGUUUGUUGUGUUCAUGCUGUACGCAUUGGCGGCUUCUCUAUUUUCCUUUGUCGUGUCUCUCAUGGUCAAGUCUCAGCUGGCAGCUUUUGCCAUCACUGCGGGCUAUAAUGCCAUCUACUUCCUCAUCUACAUGAUUGGAUACAUGUCCACACUCAUGUAUGAGGAUCCCUGGAAGGUGGACAGUACUGUCAGGGCCAUCCAUUUCACCAUCUCCAUCUUCUCGCCCACUUGCCAGCUUGUGCGAGCGUUUUUCGUGGCCAUGAAUCUGUUUGGUGUUUUGUGUCGUUCAGACAACUCCGAGAUUUCUUACAUGGGUGACAUUCUCGCCUAUGGAGGUCCUAUUUUGUAUCUCAUUGUGCAAGCCGCUGUGUUCUACGGUAUUCUAGUCUGGUGGGACUCUGGACGUUUCCGGUUCGUUUUCAGAGGCAAACACAGAGAUCAGGAUGAAGAAACCAAAUCGCCGACUCCCUCUGACGUCCAAAAGGAGGCCGAGCACGUGGAUUCGAAUCCCGAGUCAUGGAACCAAGGUCUCAGGUUGUCACACGUGUCUAAAAAGUACGGAGGCAACCGAGUCGUUGACGAUGUCACUUAUGGAGUUCAGCCAAACGAGUGCUUUGCCCUUCUGGGUCCCAACGGAGCGGGUAAGACCACCACCUUCAACAUGAUUCGAGGUGAGGAGAACCCGUCGUCUGGCGGCAUCCACGUAACCGGUAUUCCUGUCUCUUCCAACCGAGCCCAGGCCCGUCAGCAUCUCGGCGUCUGUCCCCAGUUUGACGCUAUGGACAAGCUGUCGGUGACUGAAACUCUGCAGUUUUACGCCAUGUUGCGAGGGCUCAGCAAGGAGGACCGUGACCACAAUGUGGAGCAUAUUAUUGGAGCCACCGGUCUGGAUCGGUUCCGAAAGACUACUGCCAACGCUCUUUCCGGAGGAAACAAGCGAAAGUUGUCCUUGGCAGUCGCUCUCAUGGCCGACCCUCAGGUGCUGCUGCUGGAUGAGCCGUCUUCUGGAAUGGAUGCCUUUGCCAAGCGAAUCAUGUGGCGUACUCUGUCAUCUGUAGCCCAUGGACGAAGUAUUGUGUUGACUACCCAUUCAAUGGAGGAGGCCGAUGCGCUUGCCAACCGAGCAGGUAUUCUUGCCAAGAGGUUUUUGGCGAUUGGGUCUGCGGCAGAGCUCCGUAAUCAAUACGGAAACCUGUUCCACGUGCACUUGGUGUGUUCCAACGCGCCCUACACAUCUGAUGAGCAGAUGUGGAAUAUUGCUGAGUGGACUAGAGAGGUGUUCCCUCAGUCCCAGAUGGAGGAGAAGAUGUACCACGGGCAGAUCAAGCUGGCUGUCCCAUGCAAGACUGCCGGACACGAGAACAAAAUGUCGACCAUCUUCGCCAUGUUGGAGAAGAACAAGGAGCGACUGGGCAUUGAGUAUUACUCGGUAAGUCCUACGUCUCUUGAAGAGGUGUUCUUGGACAUUGUGCGAAAGGACUUUGUUGGCGAGGAUGAAUAA